AUUGGUUGACGUAAACAAGAAUUCACAUUGUUUACAAAAUGACCAAAGCGAAUAAAACGCCGCAAAAAGCCAAUGAAUCCAAUACCAAUUCAUCUUUGACACCAGUGCGAUAUCUGGACAGUCCCCGUCUGCAAUCACCCACCAGUCAUGACUCGAAUUUGGCCACCUGCAAAACGAGAUUGGAGACCAUAGUUAAGCAACUCCAGGAUAACUAUGCUAAAUGGCAAUUGGCCCAGCAACGGGGCUCAGCCAUUUGUUAUUCCAUUGAGGCCAAAAAGACCAAGUGUCUCGAAAAAAGCCAGGACGAUGGGAUGAUUACCACUUAUCCGGAAGAUCUACUUCUGCCCUGCAACAAGUUGGCCAUUAUAGCUUCGAUUUUUAGAGAUAUAGCUAAUAAUAUAAGGGAACUGCUAAGACAGCUAAGGGCCAUAUGUAAAUUGCCAGGAGCUGCAAUGGAUACGAUAUUUUACAGGUCAUGGAAGUUGCCACAAUUUUUAGCGUUCACCCAAGAACUAUCUGAAAGAUAUCAACAGGAAGCCUUAGUGAAAAAGGAAGUGGCUGAAAAUAUUGCUCAUUCCACUAAUCGAAGCGAGCUCAUUGCUUAUACAACUUUGUGGGAGUUUCCCGAGCACGUGGAUUCAUAUGUCCAGCUAGGUUUUCUUCUCCUUGCCGAAGAAGUCGGCCUAAAACAAUAAAUAAAUUGAUUUUUUCUCAAUUUGUAAUACCA